UCAUUGCUAUUUCUUGACUUCUGUUGAUUUGAAGGCUACAGUUAGAAACUGGUAAUCGAAAGGCUGCGCCCUAGUUUGUAUCCAAUCAGAGCGUAUCUGUCGCGGAGUGGAUCAGGCAGCAAUGCGUAAACAAGUGCUGGUGCCUCCUCCGCCCCUUUCGCCUAUCAUCUCUGCGCCGAGCAGUUCCGUGUUCUGCCGUUGUACUUUCUCAUGUGCAGCUUCCUCGCAUCACGCACACUGUAUUUGUCCAGACAGCUCCGUCACCGACAUGCACUCGUGAUAUAUUCGGGAAGCUCACAAGACCCGGUGGGUGAGAAUGCCAUCUUCGUGGUGCCCUGUCUCACACAGCACUCCAUAGACUAUGUUGGCCCUGCGUGAAGCAUCCCAUCGGAGUGGUCGCCCAUGAGGGCCCUGCUACCAAGAUCACCCACCAUCACCACCACAAGGCACUGAUUUCUCCACCCCCAGCCUACUGAGUGAGAGUCCCCUACUUCCCCUGCUGAGCGACCCCAUCUCACCCCACCCGGUCCCCUGCUCCUCCUUCCUCCUUCCCCUUCCCCUCUCCACCCGUCCUCUUAUCUUGUCACCCAGUCAUCUGGUCACCUGUGGCCAGCCUGUGCAGCUCCAAUGAUGGCCGCCACACCCAGGAAGCACCUGGUCAAGGACUUCAACUACUUCAUCACUUGCUACGUGUGCAAAGGCUACCUGAUCAAGCCCACCACCGUCACCGAGUGUCUCCAUACAUUUUGUAAGAGCUGUAUUGUGCAGCACUUUGAGGAGAGUAACGAGUGCCCCAAGUGUGGCAUCCAGGUGCACGAGACCAACCCUCUGGAGAUGCUCAGGCUAGACAACACUCUGGAGGAGAUCAUAUUCAAACUGGUGCCGGGGCUUAGAGAAAGAGAACAGCAGCGGGAGAUGGACUUCUGGAAGAGGAACAAGCUGAGAGAAAAUGGAGAAGAUGGCCCCAGGUCCAAGAGAGCACGCACAGAUUCAGAUGAUGAGGAGGAUGCCGAUCAGGACUAUCACCGUAGCGACCCUCAGAUCGCCAUCUGUCUGGACUGCUUGCGGAAUAACGUCCCGGUCGCGGAGAACACUGUCAAGGGCUUAAUGAAGAAGUUUAUUCGCUGCUCCACACGGGUCACCGUGGGAACGAUCAAGAAGUUCCUCAGCCUCAAGCUGAAGCUACCGAGCUCAUACGAGUUGGACGUCCUAUGCAACGGUGAGAUCAUGGGUAAAGACCACACCAUGGAGUUCAUCUACAUGACACGAUGGCGACUGCACGGCGAGAACGCUUAUCCAAUGGUAUUGGAAUACAGGCCACGGAUUGACUUUGGCUGACCAGUGAGAACACGGGGGGCUUGAGGCCUCUUCUGCACUACCUUCAAAGCCCAUUGGUCGACAGCACAAUGAAUGACACGCCCACCGAGUGGGACAUGGACGUUUUUUUCUCACGUUAUACUUCCUGAGGCCUUGACCCCACAGGCUGGCUCAGUCGUGGAAUUUGCAUCUUUUUUUGUUCCGUUUUUAAAAAUGGAAUUCAUGUCCUUAUGUUGCCCACGCACUUAAUUCCGACGUGGAUGACAAACUUCCUUUUGAGUUGGACAGUGGGAACAAAACGGGACAGAGUUUUUAGGGAAUGUGGACGCAGUCUCGCAUCAUGGAGAUUUUCUUACAUUUGCUGUUUUUUUUCCUCUAUCACUUUCUCUCCCUGCGUCUCUCUCUCCCUCUUUUUCCUGUCUCCCUGUGUUUUCCUUUCUUUUUUUUGUAACAUUUUCAACUCUUUUUAUCUUUUAAGACCGUGCAGCACUUGGCAGUGAGCUGGUAUGGCCUCAGCAGAUAAAGUCAUUCUUAUAGAGGCUUACAGACGGAUCAUUAUUUAUCGAGAGCUGCUAACAGUUUAGCAUAGCAUAAUAGCAUAGCAUACUGUAGCAUGGUUGUUAUGUUAUUGUGUUGUCAGAGAUUAGCAUCACUGAUUAGCACCACUUGCAAGAACAGAGAGAGAGAGAGAGUAGCUCUAACACAUGUGUUGUCCAAUCUUGUCUAGAUUACGUUCACCUGCUUUGUAAGUGUGUGUGUGUGUUUGUGCGUGCGUGCGUGCGUGCGUGAGUGAGUGAGUGAGUGAUCGCAGUGCCUUUUCUCCUCUGGUCUGGAAACACAUCUCAUGAUUACCUUUGAGGCAGCGAAAUCCUAAUGUUUUAAUUACAGUGACCUUUUGUAUCAGGGUAUACACACACACACAUGCGCGCGCGCGCACACACACACACACACACACACACACACACACACACACACACACACACACACACACACACACAAUUUAUUUGUGGUGUACUGUAUGCUACCUUCUCUUACUCGUAAGAGACUUGGCCCCACUUUCAUUGGGGUUUUGACCAACAUCUGUAUCACAUCCAUUCUUAAUUAGAACACACACACACACACACACACACACACACACACACACACACACACACACACACACACACACACACACACACACACACACACACACACACACACACACACACACACACACACACGUAGAGCUAUCCUCCCUGGUUUUGGCACAUAAACAUAGCCAUCCUUUCUGCCACUAGCAAUCACUGUAGCACUGCGUAGAAGAGAGCGUCACCAUCUCGCUUGAUUUUCUUUCCAAGCCUGUCAGAGAUUGUCAGUUCAUGUUUACGUCACAGAACAGCGGUGUUUUGUCUUGAAAUCCUGAAUUGUGCAUAUCCAGCAUUAUUUGAGAUGCUGCAGAAAAGCCUUGAGGGACUCCGAGGAAGAGUUCCCCCACUUUUUCAGUCCAACCCACAGCGUGCAUUGCUAGUGGGUUGCCUUCUUCCACUCUUUCCUCCCCCCCCCAUAAAGCCUUGCAGUUAGCUCCAGCCACUUGCAGUCCAGUUCAGUUGUGUUCUGUUUUCCACCAUCUUUGGCCUUACAGCAAAAAUAUUGACUACAGCUUUCAAAAACCUUACUCGUCACAUUCAACAAGGCCCUCUGUAAAUGUCCUUUGACUCAUUCAGUUUUGAGGAAAAAAAUGAAUCGGCUUGUACGCCACUGUUUUCCUUCAUUAGGAUUAAUAAAAGACAUCCAAAGACACUGCAGUACAUGACUGGGCUGACACUGUAGUCUGUGUGGAGGAGAGGGCUUGUGGGCCAGAAUGGAUGUCCUCGGUCGUAUAGGGUGAGGGAAGGCAGAGGAGUUUGGCCCAGGAAGCUGGAGGCUGUCAUCAUGUUUUAGCGUAUGUAUCGCACGCUAGUGCAUUCGGCGUGUUUGUGUGACGCCUUUUGAAGUUAACACGUGCGCUUCAGACACAACGGUAAAGCGCUUUCUUGCACUUUUGACACGUGACGAGGUUUUCGCAGUUUUCCCACCGUGACUGUGAUUUUCUUUUGGCACACCGCAUUUCUGUUGCUAAACGCUUUGCUGUGCCAUAACCAAAACCAUCCCUAAACCUAACCUGUCAGUAAAGCAAUGUUUCUGCUGCUUUACUUUUGCCAAGAACAGCGUCAUUUGGCGAAUUUCUAGCUAAAUCGUGCCCAAACCUAAACCAACCCUAAACCUCACCUGUCACAGGGCGUUGUGGAGCACGCCUUAACUUGCAAAGGCGUAUUGGAUACACGCGAUAGUGGGUUCAAAUCAGCGUGUCAUCUAUGCGCAAUGCAUGAUGACAUGUCGGAAGCUGAGAUGAACACAACUGCACUUUCCCCCCGGGGAUCAAUAAAGUUGCUCUACUCUACUCUACUUCUUCAAUAGCCUGGUGAGCCAGGCUAAUACAUAAAAAUAUUACCCUGAAAUUGCUCGGUUCAGUUAGCUGAGGGCUGUGUGUGGAUGGGACCAAACCGUUAUGCCGCAAUGGUUAGAAUGGCAUCUGCACUGCCUUUGCCAAUGCUAUGACCAAUUAAGUCACCGCCCCAAAUAUCCAAACAGACAGGGGGGAAAAACUUGUUAUUGGUGUGUUGUGAUUGGUGGACCCAGACUGAUGCCUCUUGUUGUGAUACUACAAGGACAAUGGUUAGACCAACUCACCAGGAAAACAAAUAAUUGUCCGCUAGGCGGAUUUGUCUGCGUCAGCUAUGCUACUUAGCUUCUUUUUCCUAUCAUGACUUAAAUGAAUGAGACCAUCUUCAUAGGUCACAAGAGCCCGUUUCUGGUUUCUUGAUGAAGUACCAUUGUAAAAAAAAAAGUGUGUCUAUUGUCUGUCCGUCUGCACUAUUAGCAUGGAUUUUGAACGAUUUGUAUAUAUGGAUGAUGUCAAAAGAGGUGUUGUCUGAUGUGCUGAUAUGGUCGAUAAAAAAUGCCACUGUUUUUAUGCCACUGCAGAAAGGCUGUGGGAGACCUUUUUGCUUUUUAUUUUCAUUUUAUUUUUUUUAUUCUUAGAGGAUGCUGUAGGCUUGAAAUAUUUCUCUUUAUCCCGAAGCGCCUAUGUUUCUACUGUUUUUGCAUAUUGAAGAAUUUUAAUUUUCUUAUCAUUUUUUGAAAAUAUCUGGUUUUACUGUAAUGGGCAUUUUGGUCAAUUGUACUUGAAAUGUGCCUCGCAGGGUUUUUCUUGUUCUCUGAGAGGCGUCAGGAUGAGUUGGCCCAACUUGAGUUAACCCUUUGUACAUUCAUUUCCAGAGUAUGCAGUACUUGAUGUGGCUUCCAUUAAGGUCGUAGCCUACUGUACAUACAGUUGUGUUCAGUAGCCAAUCAAAUAACAUCCCACUCUCCUCUGAUCGCAUCUCACAAGGUGAUUGGCUGGACAGAAGAGCAGUGAGAGA